AUGUUUCCUGGAAACCUGUCCAACGAUUCAAAAAGAACGGUUGUGGAUGUCAAUGAAGUGCAUGCUGGCCUAGAGGAUCAGAUCGGCCGUCUCCAAUCUUUUGGGCUUGUUCAUCCAACCAAUCAAAUGACCAUCAAAGAGUUACUUGACCCCCCUCAGGACAAUUCUUUUGCGAUGUGGACCACUGAAGAGAUAUUUGAAAGUCAGAAAAACAACUCGGUCGAUUCCGAAAGCGAUGAUGAGGAUCCUGAACCAAGAGUUAAACCAACAGCAAAAUCGGUUUUUUCUGCAAUUGCUCUGAUCAACAACUACAUUCAAGAUGAAGAUUCAAUGGUUGCCAAUCACCUCAACCACGCGUUGCACAACUACUCAAAAGGUUUGUCCGAUCGACUUAUCACAAAUGCUCGCCAGUCAAGCAUACACGACUUCUUCAAACACGGGACCUCUUCUGAAGACCGAGACCACCUGUGA